GAUUUAAAAGCCCAGUGAAAGCACUUGACAUCUAUGCAUAAAGAAGUCAAACCUAGGGCCUUAUUGACUUUCCAUUUCCUUCAUUCUCUUAUGCAGAUUCCAAGGGGGGCAUAUUUGUGGGGUUUUUUUUUUUUUUUUUUUUUUUUGCGGUACGCAGGCCUCUCACUGCUGUGGCCUCUCCCGUUGCGGAGCACAGGCCCCGGACGCACAGGCUCAGCAGCCAUGGCUCACGGGCCCAGCCGCUCCAUGGCAUGUGGGAUCUUCCCGGACCAGGGCACGAACCCGCGUCCCCUGCAUCGGCAGGCGGACUCUCAACCACUGAGCCACCAGGGAAGCCCCAAGGGGGGCAUAUUUGUAUCAGCUAUGUUGUCAUCAGAAGGCAAUUUAGUCAAUUCACUAGAGAUUUUGUUUUUUUUGGAAACCCAUGGAUUAAUUUCUCUAAACUUAAUAUCUUGAAAUAGAUCCAUGUGAUUUAAUUUGCCCCGUGUUUGGAGUAUCUACUUUCAUGUGCCACACAGCUAAAGGGUGUGUCUAGAUAGAUAGAUAGACAGACAGACAUAAAUAGAUAGAUAAAAAAUAAACUGCCAGAAAGUGUGCAUCCAAUACUUGUCAACCAGUUUUUCUGAUUUUAUUCCAUUCUUUUAAAAUUAGAAAUAUUAUAGGGCUAUGUAGGACUUUUAUUGUCAGCUAAUUAAAGUUCCAUGAUAUUUAUAAAAGAGGCAUAAUUUUCCAUAGUUAAAUGAAAGAUAAGCUAAAGCAACCUGCACUCUUUGAGGAUUGGUAAUUUAUAUUUGUCCUUAUGGAAAUUUAGGGAAAAAAACUUUUUCAAGGAAAGAGCAGUAGUUAUUGAAUUGUUACUUCAUGCCAAAUAAAAAAUUUUCUUAGUCAUUGCAACUAGAACUGUAAGUUUAAACAGAAAUAAUUCAAUAGUGUUAUUUAUGUUUCUGUCAUUGCACUUGGAUAUCAUGAGAAUAUAUGUCUUAGCCUUCUUAAUUCUCUGAAAACCAGUUUCCUUUCUCAAAGUUGAAGCCAGCUGGUAACAUUUCUAGGAUGAUAGACGUCCAAAAAUUUUAGUCUACUUGUUAUCUAGAAAUUAGAUGAUGGGCAGCGAGUGUUUUGAAAUCCUUAGGGUGUGCAAGAUACUUAAGCCAUAUAGUCAAAGAAAAAGUGUAAGCUAACUGGGGCCUGCUAUGGACAGAAGACACUGAAAGUAGCAGAUUAUUUUACUGUGGUCAAACUACCUGAAUCUCUCUGGUGAGUUGAGCUCUUUCUGCAGGGAGAUGAGUUGUUUACUAUUGGAAAGACUUGGGCUUCUUCUUUAUUCUCCUCUAAUUCAUUCAUUUAUUCAUGUCUCUAAUUAUGCAAAUUGAGUAUGAAUUGUGAAAAUAUAGUUAGGAAAUACUAAUAAACGAAUAGAAAAACAAAGCAUUGAAAUUACUCCAAAUUCCACAACUCCAGGUGUAGCAACUAUUGGCUCUGUGUUAUUUAACCUUUGUUAAAGAAAAAUUAAUCUGACACUCAUUAAAAUGGUAAGGAAGACUUUAUUCAGGACUAUUGUGAUAGGUAUUAAGACUGUUACAAUAGGGGAGAGAGAUCUGGCUCAACUCCAAGUACAAGAAAGAGUGAGGAUUUAUAGCCAAGGAGCAGGUUGGAGGGAUAAGUGGAUGGAAAAUUACUAACAGAAGACAUCAAGGAUAGGGGUAAUUCUUGCUAAACUGAUCUAAAACGAUUCUUGCUGAAGACAGGCCAGGGUGAUCAGCUAUCACCUGGGGGAUGGUGGGGGGUGAGGAAUUUGAUCAGAUAUCAAGACUAGGGGGGUUCUCUUUAAACUGGCUUAGCAGGAUUCUUACUAAAAUCAAACCAGGUAAGCUUGAGGAAAUUUUUGAAAAGGGCUAGUCAAAAGAGGGCUUAGAGGAAACUGUCUAAAAUUUGGUCAAAGAGAGUCUUUGUCACCUUUUACACUUUGUCUAUGCAAGUUAGAGGUGUGUGUGUGUGUGGUGUGUGUGUGUGUACAUAGAUAGCUAGAUCAAAGGAGAGAUUAGGAAAAAGAAAACAAAUUUGGGUUCCUAGUAUAUAUUGGAUACUUCAUGGCAAUGUUUAAUUUUGUGUAAUGUAAUCAGGUAUUUUCCUUUUGGUUUGAAAACUUCUUAUAUGGCUAUAAAGCAAAAUUUGCAAGCAAGUCACAUGAAUCAAUCUAUCUUUUUAUUCAUUUAUUAUUAUUAAAUUAUUCAAAUCACUUAAAUAUCAGUGAAUAAUCUUUAAAAUGGUAAUUCUGAAGACUAUUUAUUGACAUGGGAAGAUCCUUUUAAUAGGAAACUAAAAGGGGAAAAAUGGCAGGUAUGGAAGAGUCAAUACUAUGUGAUCUCAAUUUUUCAAAAUCUCUAUUUGUUAUUAACACCCAAAGAGGAAAAGAAGGGGAGGCAUCAAUAUAUUCACAUUAGUUCUCUCAGAAUGGUGAGAUUGCUAGUGGUUUUAUUACCUACCACAAGUUUCUUUCCAAAUUUUCUAAAAUGAGCUUGUAUUAUAUUUAUCAGAAGAGGAAAAAUAAUUUUCUAAUUAUAGAAUUAAAAAAAAACAAGCAAUGUAGGAUUCAUAAUUAUAGAACUAUGGGACUGACAUAUGAGACUGAAACUUCAUGUUAUUUGAGCCUUCUACCUUCAGUCUAUUUUAAAUGAAAUAUGUUUUAAUCAAACACAGGCACACACAGACAGAUUGUAGUGGUUAAAUAUUUACAUAAUAUUUACUGAGGGAAGGAACAUCUCUUCUUUACUUUCUACUUAAGCUCCUUGCUCCAUCCUCUACACAAAGCACCUUCUGGGAACUUCCAAUUUUUGUGACUCUCUACCAUAGGUCUUUUAGCCCAAUGAGAAGAAUUUCUUCCCUGUUUUCUUUCUCCUCCUUCUACUCCCAUUUCUUCUCCUCUUCCUGUCCUCUUUUUUUCCCUCAUUAUUAUCAAGAAAGACUUUUAAAUGGAAAUUUGGAGUGGAAAGUAGCACAGGCAUCACAUCAACUAUAAAACAACCAGUCAUCCAUCCUUAGAAACCUAUCAUCUAAAAGGGAGGUUGUGUGGUAGAGUGAGAAGAAGCACUGCAAUAAUACAGUGUUUACAGUUUUCUAAAUUAAAACACACACACACACACACACAUCUAAAAACCUGGAAAGAAAUACACUAACACUCUAUGAUUAUUUCUGCGAUUAUGACACAAAAAACAGUUAACUGUUAAAUUUGGAAUAUAAUAACAAACACUUUAAAAAUCAAAAUUUUUAAAUUAUAUGUGAUCAGUAUUGAAGUAUGGACAAGAAAAAACUAGUUGGUUUCCCUACCGUAGGAAAUUUAUUCCAUCUUGUUAAUACAUUUUUAUGUCUUUAACUUUUUCCCUAGUGCCAAGUCAUUGAAUAUUUCCAAUUUGUUCAGAAUUUCAAGGCAAAUGUUUUGCUUUUAGGAAUAUUACUUCACAUUUGAGUAUCUUUUUGUUUUACCUCCAAAACAGCCAGCAUGGAGGGAGGGAAAUUUGCAAUUCAGCAGCAGUAUUCUGGGAUACUGAUAAUUCAGGUGUUAAGUGUUAACUAGUCAUACAUAUAAUUGUGGGCACUGGUCACCAUAGGCCCUCCUUUACCCCCAUUCCAUCUCAUCUCACUCUUCCCUAGUAAAUGUUAUCAGAGUUGAUACAACUUUAAAAGAAUGUACACUCUUCAUAGAGAUUCUGAAAAUCCAAAAUUAGAAAAUAAAAGAAAUCUCUGGGGAGUCAACAUUGCUUAAAGAUCUUCAUUGUUAAUAUUUUAAUGUUUUACCCCCUUCUCUCUUCUUUGUGUAUUUGAAUAUAAAAGACUCUCCCCCCUCCCGCCCUGCACAUGUGUCCUUACAGUAGGAGAUAAAAUAAUGUAAUAAUCUCAAUGGGCUAAAGACAUUCCUAUUGUUUGUUUGUUUUUGUAAUCAGUUGACAUUAUAGCUGCAACCUUGAGCUCUUUUGGAAUUUUUUUAACUGUAAUACUCGUUAAACAUGGGAUAAAAAGAAAGCAUGUACAUUUUAGAAAAGAUUAUUGAACAACACUCAAUUAGUGGUCAUCCGUAUUAGAUCUAUUAAUUUUCCAUAUAAGAGAGACUUGGAAGUCACGUUUCAGGACUCUUAACAACUCCCCUAGCCUGUACUUUUUGGUUUUCUAAGAUAAAGUUUUCUCAGGUUUACUUAAGAUUUAGGUUAGUCUCAAUCUGCUCCUCCUCUACUAGAUUGUUCUCAACCCCUCCAGUCUAGAAAUUUUGGAGCCUUACCGCUGGGAAGCGGGGGAGGGGGGGGCUGGAAAUGUGAUGGAUCUAGUCGUUCAUUGGACAAGAGCUUGUCAAUCACAGCUACCUAGCAAAUAAGGUGAGCUUUGAAGCAAAACAAGUUUAGAGGGUCAUCCUCUGAGAAAUGGGCUUGAGGCACCUCCUCCUUUUGCUUAGGCAGCUAGUGAGAAAGGUCAUUUAGUGGGCUGCUCUGGCUGCAGCCUUAGGCUUGCUCCAGUAUUGUACCCGCCUGCCCCUCUUCUGCUUCCUCCCCCUCAGUCCAGCUUCCGCAGCAGCCUCAACCGCUUCCGUUUCUGCCUCCAUCUUAGCCCCCACCGGUGCCCACGUCUCAACCAACUGCCGUCUACUCCACUUUGGUGAGUCUUUUCCUGUGAAAAAGCUAAUGAUGGAAGGGCUUGGGGAACAGGGUGCAGCCGGUGAAGAAGGCCCAUUAAUCGGCGCGGUGGCAGCCGAAUCCUCUCCACAGGCCUUGAUGGGGUACUCCUUAGACGAGAGCUUUACUGAGAGCCUGCCUCUGGCAGUUAAGCACCGAGUGUACGCUCUCAAAAAUCUUCAGGCCAAAUCCGCAGGCCUAGAUGCCAAGUACCUGAGGGAAUUUCAUUCCAUCGAGAGGAAAUUUGCUGGCAUCUAUUGGCCCUUAUUGGAAAAGAGACACCAGAUCAUCAAUGCACUCUACAAGCCCAUGAAAGAGGAGUGUGAGGUGAAGUCCAAGGCCGAGGACAAUGAUUAUAAUGAGGUGGAAGAUUAUUCUAAUGCUCAGAUGCAGGGUCUGGAGGAGAAUCCGGAGUAUGAGGACUUGGAGGAAUAUUGCGAGGAAGAUUUCAAGGAUGUGGAGGAGGUGUUUGGGGAGUAUGGAGGAAUUGAGGGACAUAAUGUGGAUGAAGAGAAAGAGGAGCCUACAGGGAUCCCUGAUUUCUGGCUCACAGUUUUAAAGAACGUCGAGGAGAUCUCUCCAUUGAUUCAGAAAUAUGACGAGCCCAUUCUGAAGCUCUUGCGAGACGUGAAAGUCAAGUUUUCAAAACCCGACGAGCCGCUCGCCUUCACUCUGGAAUUUCACUUUGAACCCAACGACUACUUCACAAAUGAGGUGCUGACCAAAACUUAUACGGUCAAGUCUAAGCUCCAUUACUCUGACCCCCACCCGUUUAGGGGAUCUGCGGUGGAGCAUUGCAUAGACUGCAAGAUAGUCUGGAAUGAGGGAGGGAACGUCACUGUGCAAACGGUCCUGAAGAAGCAGAGGCACAGGUUUUGGGGACUGUUGCGCACAGUGACCCAGGAAUUUCCCCGAGAGUCCUUCUUCAACUUCUUCAGUGCUCUCCGGUGGGGUAUGGAUGCCGAUGAAGAUGAGGAAGACGUCUUCAUUGCUCACAGUUUGCGCACGUUUGUCAUCCCUAGAGCUGUGCUGUAUUUCACAGGAAAAGCACUUGAGACCGAGCAAGAGGGGGUGAUCAGGGAAUGUAAUGAGCUGGCUUAUGACAAAGUCACUCAUGAGAACGGGUUGGCUGCUGUUGAGGGUGCUAAAGGCCAAAGCCUGGACCCCCAGGAAGAAGAUAUUGAUAGCUGAAGCAGGGAGGUUGGUGUGUGUGGGCCCCCAGGUUAAGAGUCUGCCUGUGUUUAGAGUAACCAAAACUUAACCAUAAGUUACUUACAGUCUUAAAGUGUUGUCUCUUCCUGGUACUCUCAGUAUAAAACUAUGUCCAAAUAUAUAUUUAAUUUAUUUUUAAAAUUUUUUUUGUCCAAAUAUAUUUAACAACGCAUUCCAUCUAGCACUCCAGUAGUGUAAACUUUUUAAAGAAAUGUAGAAGGCAGUGAAUUCUCUAAGCAUAUGUAAACCUUGGUAUUGUGAAUUCAUGGCUUUUGUCAGGUUGCUGUUAGUUUCUAGCCAUGAAAAAUUACCAGAACUGGUAACUGAGAUAUAUGUGUUUGGAGAUUUUUUUUUUCCUGGAAAAAGCAAAGCGUGCCUCUGUUCCCCAGCCUUCUUGGUGAAUGGGCUUUAUUCUGUUUGCACUAACUGUGCCUUCAACUCUUUGUUAUAGAAAUGCAGCAAGUUAUACUAAAAUGCACUUGAUUUGUAAUUUGAGAAACUACUAGCAUAAGAAUAAAACAUUUGUAGCAAAACUACAUUUAUUGUUAUUGACUGUUGUUUAUAGGCUCCUGUAUUUUAUGUGAUAUAGUGAUCUACUCAGAAACCCAGCUGUAUUAUUUUUUAUCAGUGAGGUAUAGUUAAAACAAUUUUCUCUAAAUCCAUAAAUUGUGCCAUGUACUUCUGCAAAGUGGGGUUAAAGUAUGCAUUUUCUUUUCUGGAAUGUUCCUCUCUUUUAUGGAAAUUACAUGAUUAGUUAAGCUUUUUCCUUAUGUUUGUUCAUUCUAAAAUAAAGUUAAUACAAAUGUUAAACACUGUGUUUCUUCUGAGGGUAUUGGAGUUAAGGAUAUGGCCUU